CUUUAUUUUCUUCUUUAACCUUUCCAACUAAAAUCGCUUAAUAGUUAUAUACGUUUCAUGUCUUAUCUUCGCCUUCGUAAACUCUGUCUCUAAUACAUCCCCCCUAGUCGGUUCUUUCAGAAUUUCCAUUUUUUUUUUAUAAUCGUCACUGUUUUGCCCAUCUUAUUUUCCGUUCCAAAUUGUUGAUUGAAUAUUCACUAUUCAGGCAAUCAUUAAGAUAAGAGAAAUCUGUUUGAUUUGGCCGUCAUGGAAGAUAUGGGACUUGAUAUCAGUUCGGAUAUUGAAGUUGAUGACUUGAGGGAUGAUGAUAACAUAGAGGAAAAAGAUGUUAGUGAUGAGGAGAUCGCGGCAGAAGAACUGGAGAAGCGAAUGUGGAAGGACCGGAUCAAGCUUAAGAGGAUCAAAGAGAAACAGAAGCUUGCAGCUCUACAAGCUGCAGAAAAGCAGAAGGUUAAGUCUAGCACGGAUCAGGCACGAAGGAAGAAGAUGGCACGAGCUCAAGAUGGCAUUUUGAAGUACAUGUUGAAGCUCAUGGAAGUCUGCAAUGCCCGUGGCUUUGUGUAUGGUAUUAUUCCAGACAAGGGUAAGCCAGUCAGCGGUGCAUCGGAUAAUAUUAGAGCUUGGUGGAAGGAAAAAGUGAAAUUUGAUAAAAAUGGCCCUGCAGCCAUUGCUAAGUAUGAGGCCGAGUGCCUUUCCAGGGAAGACGGGUUUGGCACUAACCAAGGCAACUCUCAGAGUGUUCUUCAAGACUUGCAAGAUGCAACACUGGGAUCACUUUUAUCAUCUUUAAUGCAACACUGUGACCCACCACAGCGGAAGUAUCCACUGGAGAAGGGUGUGCCUCCACCUUGGUGGCCAAUGGGGAACGAGGAGUGGUGUGUCAAGUUGGGGUUGCCCCAGGGUCAGAGUCCUCCAUAUAAGAAACCUCACGAUCUGAAGAAGAUGUGGAAAGUCGGGGUGCUAACAGCUGUUAUAAAGCAUAUGUCGCCUGAUAUUGCCAAGAUUAGGAGACUGGUUAGACAAUCAAAAUGUUUACAGGAUAAGAUGACUGCUAAAGAGAGUUUCAUAUGGUUAGGUGUAUUGAGCAGGGAGGAAGCCUUGUUUCAGCAACAAAGCAGUGAUCAUGGCUCAUCUGGCAUCAGUGAUUCACUGUCAAAAAGUCGUAGAAAUAAGAAGAGGCCUUCUGUUGACAGCGAUAGUGAUUAUGAUGUUGAUGGCGUUCAUAAUGGCUCAGGAUCUGUUUCAUCUAAGGAUGAUACAAGAAAGCAAUCCACUGAUACAGUGCGUAUUGAACCUGCAGAUGAUGCCUUAACUCAACCAACCAAAGACAAAGAGCAUGUACAGAAGCGUCCGAGGAAAAGAAAAUCAAAACCUAGACCUGAUAACCAACCAGCAGUACCAACUAUUGGCGAACAUCCACAUGUUGAAUCUGGAAACAUGGCCACGGGUGAAAAUCACAACGAUAUACAAUUUGGUGGAUACUUGACAAAUGAAAGAGAGGUGGAAAAUAAUGAAUUAACACCAAUUAGACUACCAGAAGUGCCAGAACACAGUACUCGUGGUCAACCUUGCUUAGUAGAAUCUGAUUUAAAUUAUGUCAGCCCUGAUCAUUCUUCCCAUGCUAUCCCCAUUAGCCGUGUUUACAUUAAUAAUGGAUCAUCAGCUUAUCCAGGGAUUCAAGGUGAUGAUCUUGAACCUUGUCAUUCUCAUUUAGUUCGUGAUACUCGAGACUUUCAUUUGCAAAGUACGCCUCGAGUAUCCAAAUUUAAUGGCCAAUCUGAAAGUUCUGCACAACAUCAUGAACCUGAAGAUCAGGGGUUGCGUCGUGAACCUCAAAAUUCUGCAUGGCAACCUGGGCUUGAAUGUUCUAAUCUACCUCGGGACUUGGAUAAGUCUGGGCUUCAUCAUAGAUCAGCUCAUAGCUUUCUUAGUCCGACUGCAGUUGGAUCAAAUCAUCAAGGAGAGCCGUCGAUGGCAUGUUUCAGUGAAAUGCAUUAUAGAUCAGAGGAUUCAACAUUCCAGCUACCAGUAUUACAUAAGAAUGGAAAUGAUAUUCCUGAAGGGAAGUUCCCACCUUUUGUUGAAGAUACAUUUCCAAAUGAGCCAGAUGGGCUGGCUGAGACCCAUUUUCAAUCCCCUCUGAAAAGCUUGUCACCAGAUUUACCAGGAUACGGAGCAUUCAGCCUUUCAUUUGAUGGAACAAGUUCGUUAGAUACUGGUGAUUUUGACUUUGAGUUUAAUGACAACUCGAUUGAUGGGAGCAACUUUGCUGCUAUGAUGGAAUACUUUGCUUCAUAAGUUGAUUUUGCUAAUCUAUUGUUAAUAGGGGCCAGGUGAAACUUUGGUCCAAGGAAGUGUGGCGUAGUUUGGCCUUUUCAACUGAGAUGCUGCAGUAAAUUGCUGUUCUGAUCUUCCGGACUGUAAGAUGUUAAAUUAGUUUGUAGUUUAUCUUCAACUCUCGGUGAUUCAGUUGCUAGCAUAGAUUAGCCUUACCAUCAUUCUUUUGGUUAUGUGGGCUUAUUUCAUUGUUUUGCAUAGUCUUGUAUAUCUACCAUCGUGAAUGAAUCAAUACAUAACCAAACAAAGUGUCUGCUGGGUAAAUGUUUUUUCUUUUUAACUUGUAAGUUGAACUAUUUGGCCCU